AUGCUGGAGAAGGCACUCCGUGCCACUGGCAAGGAUCAAAAGAAUACCGUGCCACUUGUACGAGCGUGGGAGCAACAUCCGAUAGGCUACCCUCGACUUUCCGAGCGCAUUUCUUUCAAGCCAGAGACUGGAAUUUAUCGCCGAUUUGAUGGUCUCAAUGCGCGACGUAUACUAUACCUUCAAGCCGAACUGUGCAUAUUGGAGCAGGAUCUGCACUUGAUCGAGAAGCAAGACAAGGCCGGCACAAAGGGCAAGCGAGCUGUUUAUGCAGUAGACUACAAGUGUAUGCUCGAGGAAGCAGAUGGAAAGCAAUCGGGCCAGAUCAAAUUGAUAGCUGAAAUGCAGAGGAAACUGAAUGAGUACAAUGAGGCCCUUAUCCAACUUUCCAUUCUUCAAAAGCUCAAAGCACCAGAUCGGUUUGAUCUCUACGAUAUCCAAAGCUUUCUCGAGAGCAAAGAGAUGGGCCCUGAUCAUCUGAAUGGCGUUGAUGCGCAAACGUGGGGCACGACUGAUGACCCAGACAAUCAUCCACCAGACAUCAUCGCAGUCCAUCCACGCAAUGUAGAAGACAAAUUUUCUCGCGUCGUGUCUGAACGCGCAAUAUAUCUCUUCAAGUGCGGACUGGGUCUCUUCACGAAAGGGGAUCGCAACCUUGGUCAUAAGAUCUACUAUGAUACCACUGUGGCAAAGAUCACGCUUUGGAUCAGUUCCAUGAUUGCGGCGAUGCUUCCCAUUGCACCAAUUCUCGUGUUGAUUCAGCUUGAGUCACUCAAAGCAAAGCUUUGA